AUGGAACUUCUCUCUGUGUCUGUCACACUCAGCAAAUGUCAAUCAUUUUCCUUUCCCAAAACAAGGACAACCCAAAUUCAUGAACUUCCAGUAAAUAUAAGAUUACCCAACAAAAUAAAUCAUUCCAAUCUUUCUUCUUCUUCGUGUAAAUGGUCUAUUACUAGGGUAGCAGUAAAAACAUGCCCUUUCCUCAAUCCUUCCACCACACAGAACCGAUAUUGGAUGGUGGUCAUGGACACACCUCCUCAAGGGCUCAAUUCCAAGCCACAAGUCAUUGAUUAUUAUGUCAACAUUCUACAAACAGUACUCGGCAGUGAAAAAGAUGCUCAGAUGUGUAUAUAUGAUGCUUCAUGGGACACCCACUUCGGGUUUUGUUGUGACAUUGAUGAAGAAAUAUCCCCCCAGCUGGCCAGUUUGCCUGGGGUGUUGUUGGUUAGGCCUGACCCGGAUUUCAACUCUUCGAGAAAGGACUAUAGUUUAUCAAGGGGCCAGGCAAUUCACUCGUCAGGAUUACAAACUAUUACCAAUAUGUUGUUCCCUACUGGAAAUUCAAAGCAUUGGCUUGUUAGAAUACAUAAACCUGGGGUUGAGGUUGUUACCAAGGCUCAGAUUGUCGAUUACUAUGCUCAAAUUUUGACCAAGGUCAUGGGAAAUGAGAAGGAUGCACAAAUGUGUAUAUAUCAUGUCUCUUGGAAAACCAACUUCGGGUUUUGCUGUGAACUUGAUGAGGAUUGUGCUCAAGAGCUGGCUGGUGUGUCAGGUGUCUUAUCAGUUCAGCCAGAUAACAAUUUUGAGUCUGAAAAUAAGGAUUAUGGAGGUAGUAACUUAGAAAGUAGUUGGAAUAUGUCCAAAUCUUCUGAAAGUCAGGAAGCUCCCUUGAAAACAAAGAAACUUUUUGUGACAGGGCUAUCGUUUUAUACAUCUGAGAAAACCUUACGUGCAGCAUUUGAAGGCUUUGGUGAGCUAGUUGAAGUUAAAGUUAUUAUGGACAAGAUUUCAAAAAGGUCCAAGGGUUAUGCAUUUGUUGAAUACACCACAGAGGAAGCUGCGAGUGCAGCACUAAAAGAGAUGAAUGGCAAGAUUAUCAAUGGCUGGAUGAUAGUAGUAGAUUUUGCCAAGCCUAACCCACCAAGAUACAACAGGAAUGCGUUGACAAAAGAGAAAAGGUCUUUACUAUUACCAGCUCUGCUGUAUGAAUUUAGUUCCCUUGACGGGUGGUUUAAGGGAGAUGAAUGCAAUGCAUACUUCAUUCAAGUAGGCUUGGGCGGGAGAUGUUAUGUCUUUGGUCUGCACGCAGCAAUCAUAAGACAUUCCGCUUGCACUCAGAAAGAGAAGUUAACUUUUGAGCCUCACAAUCCCAAACUUAGGGCAAAACCAACUUUGUUCUCAUCUGAGAGGUUAUUGGGAUCAAACAUUAACAUGAAAGGUCGAAAUUUUGAACUUGAACCCUUUGGUGCUGGAAGGCGCAUAUGCUCGCUCUAUUGGGAUGUUGGGUUCCCUGAUCAACUUCUUUGA